GUGUAAUGUUUAGUCCAGAAAGAAAUGAUCAACUACAAUUAAAAUUAAGAAUCCAAAAACAAUGAAAAUCUGAUAGAUCGAGAAGCUAGUAGAGAAAGUGAGAGAUGCAUCACCAACCAAUUUUUUUAGCAAGACUUCUCUGUUGCUCUAAUCAACAACAACAAAUUACAAGCCCUAAUUCCAUAUGCUCGGUGGUUCUAUUUUUCUUUCAUCUGUAUUUAAAUUGAUUAAAUUUUGAUAUCUUGCAGGUUGGGAUGAAGUUAACUAUCCAAAUUGAAUCAAAUUUUAGUCGAUUUAAAUUUGUAUUCAAUCAAAAUUCGCAUCUUAGGAUUUUGCUUUUAUAUGUAUUCAAUCCCUAAAAUGUUGUUUCACUGAUUCAGAGUAUCGUGCAGGUAGGGGUUCUUCUCUUGAGUUAAUUUUUGUACAAAUCUCUUUCAGCCCUGAUUUGAUUUGAGUGCAUGUUUUUCUCUCUUCUCUUUGUUGUAAAUGUCUUCUUUAUCUCCAUGUCUUGGUAAAUAUCAUGUUAUUUAUGGAUUUAAAUUCCUUGUUUAGUGAUUAGUGGGUGAUUUUUAGACAAUUUGUGAAGACUAAAUAUAUUUGCAUUUAUUUAAGUUUAGUUUUCCUUGAAUUGAUUUUCUUUGAACUAGCCAUAACCUGUUCGUUAAAAUUACCCAGUAAAUUUAAACCUCAAGUUGAUGUUGGUCAGCAACAAAUGAUAUACAACCAAAUGUACUUUAUAAUCUUAGAUUUUCUUUGAUUAACCACUUUGGAUAUCUUUGUUUUUAUACUUGCUUAGUAUUAUGAAAGAAAAGCUUAACUGGUUAAUUUGGUAGCCAUUUUUAUAUAUCCCCUUGUUUUAACUACUGGUUUGUUAUGGAUAUAAUACCUAUAGGUGAGACUGGUCCUCCCAAGUAGCAUAUGUGAAUUUUUUCACCACCAGUUGACAAAUACGUCAUUUCUACUGUUUGAAUGUAAAAUGGAUUUGUCAUGCUUUAUGAAAUUUCUGAAUUUGGACAUGCUCAUUCUUUAACUUUGAUUUAUAUUAAGUUGGUUUUGUCUUUCGGUACGUUAUUUCCGUGACCUCUAAUGGGUUGUGGCUCACCCCGUUUUGUUUUGUUUUCCACAGAAUACGAGGCAAGGUUGAGGCAGUAAGCUUGGGAAGAGCUUGCAGCUGGGAGUUGUGUUUUUGAUUGGAUUUAUGUUUUGGAUGAAUAAGGUCAGUUGGUGGAGAAAGAACAGUGAAGAAGUUGAGAUUAUCGAAAGCUUUAACUAUAGCUGAAGGAACGACUGUUUCUGAUGCUUGUCGAAGGAUGGCUGCUCGAAGAGUUGAUGCAGUGCUUCUUACUGGUUCAGGGUUAGUAUUUCUUUUUGUAAGUUUAUAUUGCCUUGGUUUUGAAGAUACUAGUUUCAAUGCCAUUGAAAGACAAAUCAAGAUCGCAUUGUGAGCGCAUAUUUUUUCAGGUCUUUUUACGAUUUAAGUUUCCCUGUAGUUUCUUUCUUGUCGAACAGAGCUAAGUAUCUGUCAUAGUGGAGAACUGUACCGGCUUUGCGGUUAACCGUACUUUCUUCCCAUAUGGACAAGGGGCACAGCUUUUUGUACACCUGAGUGUGGAUUUGUUCAGGAUCGACAGAUUUUUCAGAGAGUUUGGCAUUUCUAUUGGACCUUUCCAACUACAGGACAUAACUGGAUAUGGAAUUGGAAUUGCGACUGUUAAAGUGUUAGCCUCUGCCUUCGGAGAUUGAAUGCUUAAAAAGUCCAUUAAAUGAUAUUGUAAUGAAGUACGGGAGAAAUGAUACAGAGGAAAAUCAUGUAUUUCUUUUUAAUAUGAAGAUUUUGACAAUUACUCGGUGUUACCUUUCUAUUAUGCCCUAGCUUCUAUAACCAAUGCCUGUGAUGCUUAUUCGGCUUCGUACAAAGAUUUUGAUGUUUCUGGUAAACUAAAUGGUAAAGGGAAGCAGGCAAAACCCCGAUCCAACCGUACUUCCAAUCAUUGAGAAGUCUAGAAAGCUUGCUAAUAUUGUACCUGGUGGAAAGGCAAUGACACUGAUUGCUUAUGUGAUGGAGUUCGAAGGAAACUAUGGAUCACAUCUCAUUGUUGUAUCUAAUGUUGUUUCGGUUAAUUGUUGGAUUCCCCCCACCCAACACCCAAGAUGUCUAAAAGGUCAGGAGUACUACCAAUUUUAAUCAAGGGAUAAUGGCACCAGGUGGAGUUAGACCCCCUCGCACAUCACACGCAGCCUCUCAAUUGUCACGCACUGAUCUGCCAAAGAUUAACAAAGGAGGCAGAGGAGAUGCUCUUAAUGCAAAGCUUAAUGAUCACAUAAGGAAAAAGAAUGAAAAGCCUACAAUAACUAUAAAACCAGGUAAAAAUAUUCCAACUGUGGAUUGGGCCACUGAGUUCCAAACUGAAAUAAGAAUCAUAGUGAGAAAGUUUGCACCGUGGUCGACUCGCCCCAAAUGGAAGUCAAUUGGAAAAUCAGAUCUGAAGAAAUUUUAUGAUCUCAUAAUGGAAAAAUUCACUAUUGAUCUACAUGUAGUACGCAUUCAGAAGGCGGUCAACACGAUGCUAGCAAAUGAGUACAGACAGUUUAGAUGCACACUUCACAAACACUACCUGCAGUACAAAGAAGAUGGAACAGAACGGGAAAACCCGCAUCAUCAGGUUAAGCAGGAGGAUUGGGAGAAACUAUGCACUUGGUUUGAGUCUGAUGAGUUUCAGACAAGUAGCACUCAAGGUAAAAAAAGUCGAGAAGCGAAUACAACCAUUCAUUGUACGGGGUCAAAACCUUUUGCCCGCUAUAGAGAGGAAAUGUGUGAUCCAGAAACAGGUGAAGUUGUUGGACAAAUUGAAUUCUACAAGUUAACCCACUGCAAUAUUGAUGUUUGGACCUGUCAUACGGCGGAGGAAAACUAUGGUAAAAUGCUUGAACUCCGAGCUGCGCCUACACCUGAAGGUUCAACACCCUUGACCGAUGCUCAAAUAUGUGAGGAAGUGCUAGGUGUCAGAUCCGGUUAUGUCAAGGGUCUUGGUCAUGGGUAUGAAAAACCUAGCUCGUCUAGCAUCGAAUAUAAUGCGGAGUUAGGCGAAGCUCUUAGGAGGGCAGAUGAAGCAGAUAAGAGAAAUAAGGAACUUGAAGAAAGAUUUGAUGAGAAAAAUCGCACAAUACAGGGGCUGGUAACUGACACAAUGGAUAUCGUUUCUUUUUUUCAGUUUAGAAUGUUAAGUUUCUUAAUUAGUGGUGUCAUUUAAUGAACAAUGUAGAUCUCUUCUAUUAAUGAUUUGCUUCGAAAAAA